CACGGGGCUCGAACCCAUGAACCGUGAGAUCAUGACCUGAGCCGAAGUUGGACGCCCAACUCGCUGAGCCCCCCAGGCGCCCCCGGUUUCCAUUUUAAAACUGCCUGUGUGUAAGACGAAGAGUUUCUGGAGCCAGAGCCCAGAACUGCUUGCUUUUGGACCUCUGAGCAUGCAGCCUUGGUGUGCCAGACAUGGCCAAAUGAGCGAGUCCGGAUGGAGAAAUAAAAUAAGCAUGUCUUGCCCUGAUGGACUUUGCCAUCUAGCUCCUCAGAGAAGUUACCGAUUGGAGCUAAAAGGACCACCUGUGCAUCUAGAGAUGACUCUGGAAGGAAUGACUGCAUCGUAUUUGCAAACCUCAGGAAGGCCGUUGAAGGUUGGCAGGGUCUGGGACCACAGCCCCGGGUGCCACAGCCGUGCCCUGGCAGUGUGGGCUCGGUCCCUGUCACUGAGGCAGAGAAGCGGCUUCUCCCCGGCUCACGAGGCAGCUGUCCCAUGCUCUGCUGAGCAGGGUGCCAUGCCUCUGCAAGUCCUCCUGCUUCUGAUUUUGCUGGGCUCUGACAGCAGCCUGCAGCUGCGGGAGACAUGGGAGAAUGGAACCAUUGAGGCCCCGGACCCCCUGCUUGUGCAGGGCCAGAAACAAGUGGAGGAGGACCCAGAACAGGACAUGUAUGACUAUAUUGGCACGGACCCUCCAGAGACGCUUUUUACAAAUAGCCCUGGGCCUGUGUCCCUGACCUGGACAUUUCUGGCUAAGACGGCAACAUUGGGGCAGAAGGAUUCCGGAACUCCUGAACAAGCCACUCUGGUGAUAGCCAGAGGGGACUCCGUUGGCCUGGACGCAACAGGGAUGGCCAUGGGGGAUCUGAGCAUGGAAGUGGCCACGCAGGGGGUUCCCGUCACGCUGGGCCCUCUGAGCAAAGAACAGGUCACUGCGUUACCUCCCAUCACAGAGGCUUCAUCCACAGAGGGGGCUCCAUCCACAGAGCUGGCCACCAUUGAGGCCCUGUCCACGGGGCCGGCAGCCACAGAGGCACAGACCACACAUCCUGCGGCCACAGAGGCCCCGUCCACGGGUCCGGCAGCCACAGAGGCCCUGACCACACAACCUGCGGCCACAGAGGCCCUGUCCACGGGGCCGGCAGCCACAGAGGCACUGACCACACAACCUGCGGCCACAGAGGCCCUGUCCACAGGGCCGGCAGCCACAGAGGCCCUGACCACACAACCUGUGGCCACAGAGGCCCUGUCCACGGGGCCGGCAGCCACAGAGGCACUGACAACACAACCUGUGGCCACAGAGGCCCCGUCCACGGGGCCGGCAGCCACAGAGGCACAGACCACACAAACUGUGGCCACAGAGGCCCCAUCCGCGGGACCAGAAGCCACGGAUGCCCUGUCCACAUCCACGGAGCCCACUGCCACAGAGGUCCUGUCCACAGAUCCCGCCACCACAAAGGUCCCAUCCACAGGUCCUGCGACCACAAGGAGCCUAACCAUGGCCCUGCUUGUGCCCUCUGAUCCUUACAACAGCACCACCGUGGCAGUAGGCAAUUCAUCUGAUGGCUUCAUCAAACAAUGGAAAAAUAAUCAGAAUCUUGCCCCCCAGAGCUCCGUGGCCCCCAGCCCCACAGAGGCUCUGGACCGCAUCCCUGUGAAGCAGUGCCUGCUGGCCAUCCUCGUCCUGGCCCUGGUGGCCACUAUCUUCCUCGUGUGCACAGUGGUGCUGGCUGUCCGCCUCUCUCGCAAGAAUCACAUGUACCCUGUGCGCAAUUAUUCCCCCACUGAGAUGGUCUGCAUCUCGUCCCUGCUGCCUGAGGGGGGCGAAGCGCCCUCGGCCACGGCCAACGGGGACCUGCCCAAUGCCAAGAGCCAGGGCCUAAAGGCAGGGCCGAGGGAGGGCCGAGAUGGGGAUGACCUCACCUUGCAGAGUUUCCUCCCUUAACCCCCACCCCUCACCCGCUCAUCCAUCUGAACAGGACCCUCGCCUCCCUGCUCCCUCCAAGGCCCGCCGGGCCACCACUGAGCACCCCGGCUCUGUUCCACGGGUCUGGGCUUCCUUGGGGCCCCUAGGGAUGGGGACCUCUAGGACAGAGCCCCCAGGUGCCCCACAGGAAGCAGAGCAGCUGAACUCUUGCAGCCAAAGCAGGACUGUGGGCAAGCCACCGCAUCCUCCCUCCUGCCUCCGGGGGGGGGGGGGGCCCGGGGAGAUCCCUCCACCUCCCUGUCUCCCACCUGUGUGGGCUCCCUCUGAGGCCUUCCACGGCUGGAACCUCAUCCCCAAGCACCCGGUGAAGCCCCCGCCCUCACGCCCAUUUUCUUCUGGUUGCCAUGGUCACCACAUAGGAAAGGGGGCAUUUGGGGGGCAGGAGUGCUGGAUUCUGAAGGCCAUGCCCUGCCCCUCUCCGACUUGGGGCAGCUUGGGUUUUCUUGGGCAUCUCCCCAGGGAGCCCAGGGUGAGAUCCUGGCCCAGGAGGGUGGGGCGGGCUUGGAGAGCCCAGGGCCAUACCCUUCUUUGGGGCUGUGUGGGUCAUUGUUCACUGAAAUGUCCCACUCCCCAGCCUGCUGCCCGGGACAGCGCAGGUGCUCAAUAAAUAUUCGAUGAACUAACGGUGGCUGUUUCAGGGCGUCAGGGUGUCUCCUGCUGGGGCUUUGGUCCCUUGCUGUUCACCCCGGCCCCGGCCCGCUCCAGAAACACCCCCAACCCCCCGGUCUGUGCCUUAAGUUUUCAGUAUUGUCUCUUGGACACUGGGGGCGUCUUGGUACAUCCUUGGGCAGCCGGGAAGGUUUUAGGCCGUUGGGGGGAUGGGGAAACUGGUCCCCGAAUCCACUUUAUUCAACUCCCCCCCAUGACCCAGUUCUGGCAUACAGAAUUUGGUUCCCGCCCCAACUCUCAGACAAACGCGUCCUCUCAAGGUCAGUGCCAUCCUCCCCAGAAACUCACCCUGACCUCUCCCGGGGAGGGGGGGGUGGCCUGUCUCCCAUUUAACACCCGCUCCUCACAGGGCUGAGCACAGCUGCGGCCUCCAAGGUUUCGUACAAAAUUUGGGGCCAGCAAACCUUUUUCUUCAAUGGCCAGACCAAAAAUAUGUGGCGUUUUGCAGACCGCGCGGUCCCCGUUGCAACUCGUCAGUUCCAUCCUUGGUCCUCGUAGAUUGUGUGUGGUCAUUGGCGAUGUGUCACAAAUGAAUAGGGUUGGCUGCGUUCUAAUAAAACUUUAUUUACAAACAAA